UAAAACCCUUUCCAUUGCUUAUAUAUCCUCAUAAUUGUUCCUCUCAGGUAUGUCGGCUACCACCUUGCCGCUACUCAGGCCCAGCCCAAGUCAGGGUACUCGAGUUGCCAGUGGGUACUCGCAGUUAUCACAACCGAACACACCCCCGGAUGAUUUUUUCGACGAAUUUCCACCCAAGUGGCAUGCUCCAAAACCCUUUAUUUCUCGGCAUAUCUUCCAAAUAUGCUGCUUCAUAUUCACCUGGCGCAGCGAUCUGCACUGGUUACACGAGCUCUUGAAAGAAGGAAACGCCUGGGAAGAUCUGCAUAGUCGAUAUCUGACCCAGCUCAAUCAAGUGAGCACAGUCCAAGGACUCGUGCUUGCCACUGCGGCAGUUUUUAUGUCCUCAAAUCCACCGCUUGCGAAAGAUGUCAACUAUACAUCUAAUGCAUCUUACGCCUGUUUGGCGGAGUCGCUUGUCUUUUCAUUGUUUGGGCUAUUGUUCCAGCUGAAGGUAUCCGCCUCCGGAAUCGUUUUUCAACAACGUAGUGCUGCAAAAAUCAUAAUCGAGAGGCGCUGGAGAAUAUUCUGGCACCUCCUGGGUUUGGUAGUGCCAAUCAUUAUCUUUACCAUAUCAGUGGUGCUUUUACUCAUAGCUAUCGUGUUCACGGGGUUCGCUUCUCACUCCGAGACUGUCCAAAUUUAUCUGAGCAUAACCUUCGCUUUCCUUGCCACUUGUCAUUUGGUGUCGAUUCUGGGUUCACCAUUCUACCACCAUUUUUCAAACUUAUGCGUCCACAUUCUUCGCAUCGAGAGUGGCGAAUGAUCUCAGAAAGAUGUCGACGCUCAUUCGGUGCUAGAGGUUCCGCAAGGGCACUG